CUUUUAUUUCAAAUGUCUGUUGCUGCUGUGUUCCCGCGUUAAACUCAAAACUCAACUGAAAAUUGAGAACCACACUUCACAGCACCAACAAGAAGAAGCAGAGCUGGAAGAAGAGAAACAAAUCGCUUCUCUAAUCCAAAAAUGCCCCAACCUGCAUUUUCUCCGACAAAUCCAUGCGCGUAUCCUUACGCGCCUCCUUCCGAUCCCCACAAUAUCCUUUUUACUCUCAAAAAUCCUCUCUUUCUCCGCUCUCUCUCCCCUUGGAGACCUCAAUUAUGCCCGCAAAAUUUUUGCUCAAAUUCCAAACCCAGGAAUCUUUCCUUACAAUACCAUCAUAAGAGGUUGCUCUUAUGCUAAAAACCCAUCAAGAGAACCCUAUUUUUUGUACAAAAGUAUGGUUACUAGAGGAUUCCCAAGAGCUAAUACUUUUACGAUGGCUUUUGUUCUGAAAGCGUGCGCAAGUAUAAUGGCUUUUGAAGAAGGUCGGCAGAUUCAUGCGCGUAUUUUACGAUCUGGGUUUAGUUUAAACCCUUAUGUGCAAUCGUCUUUGGUGAGUUUGUACGGGAAAUGUGAAGAAAUAAGGCUUGCUAAACAAGUGUUUGAUGAAAUUACUGAGAGGAAUUUGGUUUGUUGGAGUGCAAUGAUAAGUGGGUAUGCAAGGGUUGGAAUGGUGAAUGAGGCUUUGAGUAUGUUCAGGGAAAUGCAAGAGGUGGGUAUUGAACCUGAUGAGGUUUCGUUGGUAGGUGUGAUUUCUGCUUGUGCCAUGGCUGGAGCAUUGGAUAUAGGGAGGUGGAUUCAUGCGUAUAUCAAGAAACGAAUGAUUCAUAUUGAUCUUGAACUUAAUACGGCACUAGUUAAUAUGUAUGCAAAGUGUGGGUGUAUAGAAAAAGCAAAAGAAAUUUUUGAUUACAUGCCAGUGAAAGAUAGCAAAGCGUGGAGCUCAAUGAUUGUUGGCUUGGCUAUUCAUGGACUUGCUGAGGAUGCAUUGGAGAUGUUUUCAAGGAUGGAAGAAGCAAAGGCCAAACCAAAUCAUGUUACUUUCAUUGGUAUUUUAUCUGCAUGUGCCCAUGGUGGACUAGUUUCAGAAGGAAAGAGAUAUUGGUCAAACAUGAUAGAAUUGGGAAUAGAACCGUCGAUGGAGCAUUAUGGUUGUAUGGUAGAUUUGCUGUGUCGUGGAGGCCUUGUUGAUGAGGCCUACAAUUUCGCACAAACCAUACCCUCACCCAAUCCAGUAAUUUGGCGAACAUUACUUGUGGGUUACAAGAAAAACCAGAACUUCCAGCAAGCUGAAACUGUUUCCGAGAAACUUUUUGAAUUAGAACCCCUGAAUGCAGAGAACUAUGUCAUUCUUGCAAAUGUGUACGCUUCUGUUUCACAGUGGGAGAAGAUGAGCAUAUUGAGGAAGAAGAUGAAGGAGAAAAGCAUCAAAGCAGUGCCAGGGUGCACAUCUAUUGAGGUUGAUGGCUUUGUGCAUGAGUUUGUAAUGGGUGACUGGUCCCAUCCCGAGGCAGAGGAAAUAAAAAGAGCUCUGAACGACAUCUCCAUGAGGAUACGUAACACUGGCUAUGAACCUUGUGUAUCUACUGUACUACACUAUGUGGCUGAUGAAGAAAAAGAAGAAGCUCUGUCUGAGCAUAGUGAGAGACUGGCCAUUUCUUAUGGUCUGUUGAAAGUUAAAGCACCAGCACCAAUUAGGAUAGUGAAGAAUCUGAGAGUCUGCAGAGACUGCCAUGAAGUGACGAAGAUUAUCAGUAAAAUCUAUGGCCGGGAAAUCAUUGUCAGGGAUCGGGUUCGUUUCCACAAAUUUGUGAAUGGAACAUGUUCUUGCAAAGAUUACUGGUAAAUGGUUAUUUUACGAUUCUCUAGCACUCAGUAUCAUCAGUCUGAUCAAAAGCUUUUCCAUAUAUCAUACAGUCCAGGCCAUCAGAAGUUUCUUCUU